UUGUUUAAAUUGAUAGAAGUUGUUAAUCGUGACAAAUCAUUAGUGGCAAAGUUGCUUCCCUUUAGUAAAUGAUUUUAUGUUUCUCAAAGCAUCUUUCCAUUCAUCAUCAGUAAUGUUGCAGUUAAGUUUCCUUUCCCACAAUUCCUUCAAGGUUUCCCUAAAUUGUGACAUUUUGAUGUAUUGUAAAAUGUGUGGGAAAAGUCCUUGUUUGAAACACUGAAUUUUCUAAUUGGUUGAUUAAGUAAGGUCAAGGUUAAGUUUUCCAAAGAGAUUUUGUGUUUUGGAUAUUCCUUUGUUAGUCCAACUUUUCCUGCCAUUAUUCUAGGUAAAAAUAAAAAAAAUCACCAUUAUCUCAAAUUUGUUAAAUGAUGUUAUCUUGUAAUAAUGGCACAUAUGUUUACUGAAUUCUUCCACUUCAUGGUGAUGUGGUUUACUAUAACAUUAACAUAAUGGAUUUAAAUUGUAUUGGUUUCUUUGUCUACAUCUACCACAUCUCAUCUUUAUAGUCCAAUCUUUCAAGCCUUCAAUUUCAAAUAAAUAAAAAUGUGGUCUCAUAGAAAACAAAGUUUUGGCUGGAUUUAGCUGGAGUUUGACAUAUAUUUGUAUUUUAGCUGCAAACUGGGACAAGACUCUCUCCAAUUCAGACAACCAGAGUGAAGUUAAUGACUCAACCUUCCAUCCUGCUGGGCCACCAGAGUCACCAAUCAAUGCUAAUCCUGCAGGAUCAAAUGACAUCUUCCAGUGUGAUGCACAGAAUCCUGCGCAGACAUCAGAACAGUGUUCUGUUCCAGUAGGACCUGGUGGUGUGCUUCUCAUUUUGUAAAGGCUCUUUAAAUUUAAUUGAAUUUUGCAGUCAGUCACUUGCAGAUUCUGAAUGCCAUGAAUGUUAAAGGUUGAGAGAUAUAAGCAACUGACUCAGACUUAUUUAAUUGACUUCCCACCAGACAUUUCCCAGUCAAGAGCAGAGGGUCCUGUGAUAUUCUUCUGGUGUUUUUUCCACACACAAACAUAUUUUAACCUGAUAUUUGUGGCUUUGCAAAAUAAAUUGAAUGCUAAAAUUUCUCAAAUGCUGUGUGUGGUUGUAUUUUGUCAAUGUACAGUAAAAACUGAUGUACAAUUGCAUUGAUGUUUUUCAACAUGGUGUUGGGGUAAACUGUAUCUACCAUACAAAACUGGGAAUAGUAUGCAAGUAUGUUGGACUGUACGUGGCCCCUCUAUAAAUAUUGUGGCCCCUUGAUGGCCCCACCCUCAGAAAAAUCCUAGAUCCGCCACUGCCCUGAAGAAACUUGGUGCUGAUGUCUCUGUGAUAGAAAAUUACAGGCCUAUCUCUACCCUGCCUUUUACAUCAAAACUGCUUGAGAAAGUCGUUUAUCAGCAGCUGGUCUCACAUUUAGCUGACUCUGAUCUGUUUGAGGUUUUCCAAUCAGGGUUCAGGUCUGGCCAUAGCACGGAGUCGGCUCUACUGAGGGUCCUAAAUGACAUCUAUCUAUCACUAGAUCAGGGUACAUCUACUGGAUCGCUUGGAACGAUGGGUUGGGAUCAAAGGGUCAGCUCUGGAUUGGUUUAGAUCGUAUCUCCACAGCAGGACAUUCUGCGUUAAACUGGGUGAUGUUUUUUCUUCUUGGGAGGGGCUCCGCUGGGGGGUCCCGCAGGGAUCGAUCCUUGGUCCUCUUUUGUUUGCCAUUUAUCUGCUACCUCUGGGGUCAAUCUUUCGUAAACAUGGCCUAUCAUUCCAUCUCUAUGCUGAAGAUUGCCAGAUUUACUCUCCAUUGUGUCAGGAGAAAGCUCACUCUAUCCAGUCCUUUGUGUCCUGUGUUAACGAGGUGAAGUGUUGGCUAAUGGCCAACGUUCUGCAUCUGAAUGAGGGAAAGACAGAGCUCAUUGUUUUUCACCCCAACAGCAGGAAUGUGGAUCGUUAUGUUGAUCUUGGGCCUCAUUCUCCAUACUCAAAACCAGUUGUGACCAGUUUGGGGGUGAAACUUGAUGCUGGACUUAAAUUUGAUGCACACAUCAACUCUGUGAUCCAGUCCAGUUUCUUUCACCUGAGACGCCUUGCAAAAAUCAAGCCCAUGCUGUCGAGAGCCCACCUGGAGCGGGUACUCCAUGCUUUUGUAAUUUCUAGGCUUGAUUACUGCAGCUCUCUAUAUGCAGGGUUGUGUCAGUCAUCACUGCGCCGCCUUCAGGUUGUGCAGAACAGCGCAGCCAGGUUCCUGACUGGGACCAGGAAAUGGGACCACAUCAGUCCGGUUCUGGCCUCCCUGAACUGGCUUCCAGUUUGCUAUCGUUCACACUUCAGACUCCUCGUCUUUGUUAGGGCUUUCUCAGUCCUAGCACAGUCGCUAUGGAACCAGUUGCCACCCUCAGUUGGGCUGUCCCCAUCUCUGCCAGUCUUCAAGAGUCACCUAAAAACCCACCUCCUCCGCUUGGCGUUUCCUGAACAUGUUUGAAUUUGGCCCUCUUUUAUGUUGACUUUAUCUCACAGUUUUCAUUAGUUCACUUUUUCCCUUGUUUUACACAUUUGUCUCCUACUA